CCUAACUUGCCAAACCGGUGUCCUUUCACCCUCUCCCUCUCACAUAUAAGGAACCGGAGCAAGCAAAUACUCCACGCCACAGGACCCUCCUCUUUCAUCUCUCUCUCUUUUUCUUUUUCCUCAAACAUAUUUAUGAACCCAGGAGUUGUUCUGUCCAGAAAGGACAUGGACCGGAUCAAAGGCCCAUGGAGCCCCGAGGAAGACGACGCUCUGCAGAAGCUCGUCGAGAAGCACGGACCCAGGAACUGGUCCCUCAUCAGCAAGUCCAUCCCUGGCCGCUCCGGCAAGUCCUGCCGGCUCCGCUGGUGCAAUCAGCUCUCUCCCCAGGUCGAGCACCGGGCCUUCACGCCCGAGGAAGACGACACCAUAGUCAGGGCCCAUGCCCGCUUCGGCAACAAAUGGGCCACCAUAGCCCGCUUGCUCCAGGGCAGAACCGACAACGCCAUCAAGAACCACUGGAACUCCACCUUGAAGCGCAAGUGCGCCUCAUCCAUCAUGGACGACCACCCCCCACCGCUUAAGCGCUCCGUCAGCGCCGGCGCGGCCAUCCCCGUCUCCACCGGACUCUACAUCAACCCUCCCACACCCGGUAGCCCCUCCGGAUCCGAUGUCAGCGAGUCCAGCGUGCCGCUCGCAUCCCCCUCACACGUCUUCCGCCCCGUGCCUAGAACCGCCGCGGUUCUACCGCCGGUAGAAACCACCUCCUCCUCCAAUGACCCUCCCACUUCCCUUUCCCUGUCCCUCCCCGGCGUCGACUCUUCCGAGGUCUCCAAUCGGGUAACCGAGCCACCACCACCGCCACCGCCACAGCCCUCGAACACCAUCCCUCUGCUGCCAAUGAUGGCCGCUCCGAUGCCGGUUGUGCCGCAGUUGAAGCCACCGGGAUUGGGGGCUUUCAAUCUGAGUGCGGAGUUUUUGGCGGUGAUGCAGGAUAUGAUAAGGAAGGAGGUGAGGAGUUAUAUGGAGCGGCAGAAUCAGAACCCGAAUGGGAUGUGUUUUCAGGCAGCCGAUGAUGGGUUUAGGAAUACUUCCGUCAAGCGAAUUGGGAUUAGCAGGGUGGACUCGUAAAUAUAGUCAGAGAAUAGUUGCGAUGAGAGAAAAUGCUGGUUUGCUCCUCUCCGAAUGGGAAAAAGAAGAAGCAGCUUUUAAUUUUUUUUCCUGUCUUUUAUUAUCAUCAAAGUUUCUAGGAAAUAAUUUUGGUCAAUGUACAGUAAGAGAACUCGAUCCAAAGAGAGAUGGAUUCAAUUUCCAAGAAGCGGAAGCAACGAAGACGAUGGAGAUACAUAGAUUCUAAAUGAGUCUGAGAAAUUUCUGUAACUGUUUUUAUCUUCUCUUGGUCCUGUUCUCCAGUGAAACAAAAACAAAAAACAAGCUUAGAAUAAAAAAAAAAAAAUCCUUCAAAUCUAUUUCCUUGCUUGCCAAACAUAAAUUUGAAUCUGGGUUUUGUUGGGUUCCGAUUAAAAGAAGUUAGGCAUGGGGUGUUUCACACGCAACAGGGGAAACUGGAGUUGCCGAACUUUGAAGUAGUUAAAUUAGUUUAGCGAAGGGAAUAUUACUGAAUUGAUGCUGGUUUCAGUGUGUGUGCAGUUUCUGUGUCGGGACCUAAAAUAGACAGAUAAAUUUUUAUGGUUUUUAUGUAUGGAUGAGUUGGGGCUUUAUUGGUUGAAUUGAAGGAGCAAAUUUGAACAAAUAUAUAAAACUGGGAGAAGACAAGAAUAGUGAGUAAUCCAUUGGCAUGCUGAUUAAAGAUAAAAAGUGAUGAGAUCUUAAAGGAACAGUUUAGUAGAGCGUGGCCCCCAUGUGUUCUGAGAGAUAAGAUUGAGUAGUAGCUGCUACAGUGAAUACAUAGAACACCACAAGAGGAAGAAGAAACAGAGAAGGAACCUUUCUCAAGCAUCAAGCGUUGAAAUGUUCCACUUUGAAAUGUAUUGCACUAGUUGAAAGAGGAGUGUUGUAGAAUUGCAGAAACAAAUAAUUUAAUAACCGAAGAUGCGUUAAUGCAUCUCGUUAUAACGGUUUCAAAGAAUGUAAAUGCUGAACCAGUAUAUCCACACUA